AUGAGCAAUCUCGUCUUAAGCUUAAGCCCUGGUCUCCUCGAUGACUCAGUGGGCAAACGCCUCGGUGGAGACGACCCCCUGUUGGUGUCAGGCCUCGGUGAGGGCGUCAAUAUUUUUAUCACGCUGCCCACUGCUAUUCCUGAAGUAUCCGCCGAAAAGCUGUCGACCUUCAAAAAGUGGCAACAGGAGGCCAUCGACCGGUUCUGGAAUGGACCCGAGAGCCCUUUCGAAGCCCAGGACGGCAUCGAGUACAUCCGUCCUGAUGUCAACCUUCCCGUACCGACGGAGAAGGUUAUGAUCCGCCAGGAUUACAAAGAUAUUUGGGCCCAUAUGGGCUUGCAUCCCUCGGAGAGCCUUAUAGUCAUCGGACAUCCUGGGAUAGGUACGCCCACCGUUACGGGACCCCGGACUUCACUGUCCUUGGAAGCCGUGGCCACAUGCAUCAUCCCCACCGACUUCCUCUUCAUGCGCGUCAUGAAAGUUGUCAUCGAAAGCGGACUCGCUCAUCGUGAAAAGAUGUUACGAGCUCUCAAACCUCUAUCGGCUAUCUCCGACUACGCUUUCAAGACCUUGGCUCUCACCUGGUGCAUUUCGGACCACCUCAUCUGCCAGAUCGACGGAAAGGAGAGGGACUUCGUCCUUUCUGAUGUGAUGACCCACUCCUUCGACGACUUGCCGAUUCUUGGAGACCAAGCCGACGACCUGAUGUUCGUCUGUCCCGAGGACUUCUCUACGGUCGACGCCUUUGUCGUGAGCGCGGACCGCUCCCACAUCGUAUUCCUCCAGGCUACCAUCGCCACGAAACACCCAUUGAAACAAGGCGGCGUUGGUCAAGUCCUUUCGAAUUUACUCGAGCACGGUGUUUCGUUCACGCAGGAGACACGUUUCUCGUUUAUCUUUGUGGUCCCCAAGGACACAGACGGCCAGGUGCUUGCAAACCACUUCAACGGGGCCGAGGGAUUCUCUCAAUAUUCUCCGGAGAAGGGGACCCACGGUAACCCCGUGCGGAAGUACCAAGGCGAGGUCGGGGGACUCGACAUCAGCCUGUUCCCACGCGAAGCUUUGAUCGAGCCGGAGGCCAUCGAGGAGCAGUCCCACGACAUGUCCGAAUGCCUCUGGCUUGAGUGA